AUGGACCAAGGUCACCAAAAUUACUCUAUCCCAGGAACAGCACGAAACAGCGGUACCUCUACACCACAGAACCGAGCACAUUCUCCAGAGAAUUAUAUCGAGGAUAUUGCUCCCGUUCCUAAUCCAUUCGCUUCUCCUUACGGCUCCAAUGCUCAAUCAACACGAACCUCUUCAGCUGCGCUUCAUCAACAAGGUCUCUCACAACGAUACUUCCACUCCCGAAGAGUGAAGAAAGGCGAGGUAGAGAAACCAUGGACAGCUCACAAAGACCCUCGUGAGAAAUGGGUCACCAUUAUCCCGCUGAUCGGACUCUUCCUCGGCCUCGCCAUCUCGGGCUUCCUCAUCUAUGACGGCCUCCGUACAGUCGUCAACCAUGAGUACUGCCCCAUCCUCGAUGAAGACUUUUCCAACGGUCUUGAUGAAAACAUCUGGCUGAAAGAAGCCGAAGUCGGUGGCUUUGGCAACGGCCAAUUCGAACAAACCACCAACACCGACGAAAAUAUCUUCCUGCAAGACGGCAUGCUAGUCAUCAAACCCACCCUCCAAGACCCAGCCCUUAUCGAACAAGACACCAUCAUUGAUCUCACCGCCGAAGGCAUCUGCUCCUCCGAACUCUUCGAAAAUUGCGUUGUCGCCACCAACACCACCAACGGCACCAUCGUCAACCCCGUCAAAUCCGGCCGUCUCUCCACCCGCAACGGCGCCUUUAUCAAAUACGGCCGCAUCGAAGUCACCGCCCAGUUGCCGUCCGGCGACUGGCUCUGGCCCGCCGUCUGGAUGUUACCGCGCGACUCCGUCUACGGCGAAUGGCCCCAAUCAGGCGAGAUCGACAUUGUCGAAGGGCGUGGCAACAACCACACCUAUGAACAGGGAGGAAACAAUAUCGUCUCCUCGGCUCUGCAUUGGGGCCCCAACCCGGCCAACGACGCCUGGUGGCGCACCAACGUCAAGAGAAAUGCCCUGCACACCACCUACGCCUCCAAAUUCCACACCUUCGGCAUGGAGUGGAGUGAGAAAUACCUCUUCACCUACAUCGAUACCCGCCUCCUGCAGGUCUUGUAUGCAAACUUUGAUAUCCCGCUUUGGGAACGGGGAGACUUCCCUCUCUCGGAUUCUAACGGUACUCGCCUCGUCGACCCGUGGUCUCAGACCGGCAAUGUUGCUACACCGUUCGAUCAAGACUUCUACCUGAUUCUGAAUGUGGCGGUUGGUGGUACGAAUGGUUGGUUUGAGGACGGCAAGAGUGGCAAGCCUUGGGUUGAUGGUUCCCCAACUGCACGCAGGGACUUCUGGAACACCCAGGAUAGCUGGUAUCCCACUUGGGAGGAGAAUGGGCAGAUGAAGGUUAAGAGUGUGAAGAUGUGGCAGCAGAAAGGGUAUAACGGCUGUUAG